AACGUCAACAAUCGCUCGUCUCCGUGAUGACAGAACUGAAGGCAGUACACAACGAAAUAAAUGCCCGCGCACGAACCAAGCUGAGCUCAUCGGAGACUCUCCCAUGUUCUAUAUUUAUACAGCACCCAGCGCUUCUGAGUCGCACAGACCCAUCGCUUCACUAAUGUGACAGUCAAGGGGAAGCGGGACUCUGACAUACCUCGGGCAGACAAACCGAACACGUUCCGAAGAGGAAACUAUUGGAGGGAGAUAAAUUGAACUUUUCCGUUUAUUUUGUGAGUUGUCACUGGUGACGGGUAUGCCAAUCUGAACAGAGCUGAAAAAAAGAUAAACAUGUGGCAAAGGAAGCCUCUCAUCUAAUCACAUACUAAGCUGACAACUCUCGAUCACGCUCCUGAAUUGCCCAGACUCCCCCCUCCCCCAGCGACUGCCCCCCCCCCCCCCCCCUCGCCAUGCAGGAAUCCGAGCCCAGCGUCUACCAGCUGCAGCCCAACAUCAUCUCGGUGCGGCUGUUCAAGCGGAAGGUCGGGGGGCUGGGCUUCCUGGUGAAGCAGAGGGUGAGCAAGCCGCCCGUCAUCGUGUCCGACCUGAUCCGGGGCGGGGCCGCCGAGGAGUGCGGCCUGGUGCAGGUGGGCGACAUCGUCCUGGCCGUCAACAGCAAGCCCCUGGUGGACCUGAGCUACGAGCGGGCGCUGGAGACGCUGAAGAACGUCUCGCCCGAGAGCCACGCCGUGCUCAUCCUCCGCGGGCCCGAGGGCUUCACCACCCACCUGGAGACCACCUUCACCGGGGACGGCAGGCAGAAGACGGUGAGGGUGACCCGGCCCCUCUACCCCCUCUCGGUCUCCAAGUCCUUCGACUGCUCGCCCUCCGGCCUGCCGGCGACGGGCAAGGAGCAGCUGAGGGCCAUCGAGAACCUCUCGCCGGCCCUGGAGCAGCAGAGGCCGCUCAUCCAGAUCAACAGCGUGGUGUCGUCGCUCAUCGCCCAGGAGCCGCUCGACGCCGACUGCCACGCCCUGCUCAACGGCGUGGAGGAGAACAACGACCUGCUGCGCGAGAUCGAGCCCGUGCUCAAGCUCCUGAAGACCGGCAAGCGGGACAUCAACGGCGAGAACCAGAAGGCGGUGGAGAGGAGGGAUGCUGAGGUCCAGGUUGAAUGCGACCUGGGCGUGGGAAGCAGCAAGUCCCCGCAGCUGGUCUCCGAUAACGACAGAGUGUUCGACGACCUCUGGAGGAGGGACAACAUGCCGACCGUGCUCAACAACCCGUACUCCGAGGCCGAGAAGCCGCAGCCCCAAGAGAGGACGUCCCCCACGAAGGACGCGCAGAGCGGCAGCCCGUCCAAGUGCCCGCGCUUCAUGAAGGUGAAGAACUGGGAGACGAACACCACCCACAGCGACACGCUGCAUCACAGCUCCAGCAAGGUUCCGAUCUGCGCGGAGCGCGUCUGCAUCGGGUCCAUAAUGAUACCAAACAGCAACAGCCGCAAACCGGACGAGGUCCGGACCAAAGAGGAGCUCCUUCCCCUGGCGACCGAUUUCUUCGACCAGUACUACACCUCCAUCAAAAGGACAGCCGUGUGCCUGCAGAGGGAGGUAGUACCCGGAACACAGGACGUGCAAGAGUUCGGCUCCAAGGCCCACACCGACAGGCUGGAGGAGGUCACCAAGGAGAUCGAGGCCACCGGGAGCUACCAGCUGAAGGACACCGAGCUGAUUUACGGCGCCAAGCACGCGUGGAGGAACGCCGCCCGCUGCGUCGGCAGGAUUCAGUGGUCCAAGCUCCAGGUGUUUGACGCCAGAGACUGCACCACAGCUCACGGGAUGUUUAAUUACAUCUGCAAUCACAUCAAGUACGCCACCAACAAAGGCAACCUAAGGUCUGCCAUCACCAUAUUUCCACAAAGGACAGAUGGCAAGCAUGACUUCCGGGUUUGGAACAGCCAGCUGAUCCGAUACGCGGGCUACAAGCAGCCGGACGGCUCGGUUCUGGGGGACCCGGCCAACGUGGAGCUCACCGAGAUCUGCAUGCAGCAGGGCUGGAAGGCGCCGCGGGGGCGUUUCGACGUCCUGCCCCUCCUCCUCCAGGCCAACGGCAACGACCCCGAGCUCUUCGAGCUCCCGGACGACCUGAUUCUGGAGGUGCCGAUCACGCAUCCCAAGUUCGAGUGGUUUAAAGACCUGGACCUGAAGUGGUACGGGCUGCCCGCGGUGUCCAACAUGCUGCUGGAGAUCGGGGGGUUAGAGUUCACAGCCUGCCCCUUCAGUGGCUGGUACAUGGGCACGGAGAUCGGCGUGCGAGACUUCUGCGACAGCUCCCGCUACAACAUCCUGGAGGACGUGGCAAAGAUGAUGUCUCUGGACACCAGGAAGACCUCGUCACUGUGGAAGGACCAGGCUCUGGUGGAGGUCAACAUUGCAGUCCUCUACAGCUUCCAGAACGCGAAAGUGACCAUAGUGGACCACCACUCGGCCACCGAGUCCUUCAUGAAGCACAUGGAGAACGAGCUGCGGGUUCGGGGGGGCUGCCCGGGCGACUGGGUCUGGAUCGUGCCCCCCAUGUCCGGGAGCAUUACCCCCGUGUUCCACCAGGAGAUGCUCAACUACCGGCUCACCCCGUCCUUCGAGUACCAGUCGGAUCCAUGGAACACUCACGUGUGGAAAGGAGUGAACGGAACACCGACCAAAAAGAGAGCCAUCGGCUUCAAGAAACUGGCAAAGGCUGUGAAGUUCUCGGCUAAGCUCAUGGGUCAGGCCAUGGCAAAGAGGGUCAAGGCCACCAUCUUGUACGCCACCGAAACAGGAAAAUCGCAGGUUUACGCAAAAACCCUGUGUGAGAUCUUCAAGCACGCGUUUGAUGCGAAGGUGAUGUCAAUGGACGAGUAUGAUGUAGUGCACCUGGAACACGAAACGCUCGUGCUAGUGGUGACCAGCACGUUCGGCAACGGAGACCCACCUGAAAACGGAGAGAAAUUUGGUGGAGCGUUAAUGGAGAUGAGACAUCCCACUACCAACAUGGAGGACAGAAAGAGCUACAAGGUGCGAUUCAACAGCGUCUCGUCGUAUUCGGACACUCGCAAAUCUUCGAGCGACGAGCCGGAGCCGAAGGUGGACUUCGAGAGCACGGGACCUCUGGCCAACGUCAGGUUCUCUGUGUUCGGCCUGGGCUCGCGGGCCUACCCGCACUUCUGCGCGUUCGGUCACGCCAUGGACACCCUGUUCGAGGAGCUGGGCGGGGAGCGCAUCCUCCGGAUGGGGGAGGGGGACGAGCUCUGCGGCCAGGAGGAGUCCUUCAGGACCUGGGCCAAGAAGGUCUUCAAGGCUGCGUGCGACGUGUUCUGCGUCGGCGACGACGUGAACAUCGAGAAGGCGAACAACUCGUUGAUCAGCAACGACCGGAGCUGGAAGAAGAACAAAUUCCGUUUGACUUACACAGCGGAAGCGCCGGAACUCACACGGGCGCUGCACAGCAUUCACAAGAAGAAGGUUUACGGAGCGAAACUCCUGACCAGAAAAAACCUGCAAGGUCCCAACUCCAAUCGGUCCACAAUCUUCCUUCAGCUCCAUGCGAACAACCACGAAGGGUUGAAGUACCAGCCCGGAGACCACCUGGGCAUCUUCCCCGGCAACUACGAGGACUUGGUGACCUCGCUCAUUGAUAAACUGGAAGACGCACCGCCUGUCAAUCAGAUCGUCAGGGUGGAGUUCCUGGAAGAGAGAAACACUGCACUGGGUGUGAUCAGCAACUGGACAGAUGAGAGUCGUAUCCCACCAUGCACCAUCUACCAGGCCUUCAAGUACUUCCUGGACAUCACCACUCCCCCCAGCCCCCUCCUGCUGCAGCAAUUUGCCUCACUGGCCAGCAAUGACAAGCAGAAGAAGAAACUGGAAGUUCUGAGCAAGGGUUUGCAAGAGUACGAGGAGUGGAAAUGGUACAACAACCCCACCAUGGUGGAGGUUCUGGAGGAGUUCCCCUCCCUGCAGAUCCCCUCCACCCUCCUGCUGACCCAGCUGCCCCUCCUCCAGCCGCGGUACUACUCCAUCAGCUCCUCGCCGGACACCUACCCCGGGGAGAUCCACCUGACCGUGGCCGUCGUCUCCUACCGCGCCAGAGAUGGAGACGGUCCACUCCACCACGGCGUGUGCUCCUCUUGGCUGAGCGGCAUAGAGACGGAGGAGACGGUUCCGUGUUUCGUUCGAGGGGCCCCAACCUUCCGGAUGCCGAAAGACCCCAAACUUCCUUGCAUCCUUGUGGGCCCCGGAACCGGCAUUGCUCCCUUCAGAAGCUUCUGGCAGCAGAGACAGUAUGAUUUUGAAUACAAGGGAAUUGAAUCCUGCCCGAUGAUUCUGGUGUUUGGGUGUCGGCAGUCCCAGAUAGACCACAUCUACAAGGAGGAGACGAUCCAGGCUAAAAACCAAGGGGUGUUUGAGGAACUGUACACGGCGUACUCACGAGAGCCCGGAAAACCAAAGAAAUACGUGCAGGACGUGCUCCGGGAGCAGCUGUCGGAGACGGUGUACGGCUGCCUGAAGGAGCGCGGCGGCCACAUCUACGUGUGCGGCGACGUGACCAUGGCUGGCGACGUCCUGAAGACCAUCCAGCAGGUCGUCAAGCUGCAGGGCAACAUGUCGCUGGAGGACGCCGGCUUCUUCAUCAGCAAGCUGCGGGAUGAAAACCGGUAUCACGAGGACAUCUUCGGUGUUACGCUACGCACAUACGAGGUCACCAACAGGCUGCGGUCCGAGUCCAUUGCUUUCAUCGAGGAGAGCAAAAAGGAUUCUGAUGAGGUGUUCUGCUCUUAGGACCGUGCUGGACGUCCGCACUCUUUCCGGAAGGGACCACAGGUGAACUCUUGGGAGCCAAGUAUUACCGGAGCUAGACAAGGAUACUGUGCCAAGUUUUAUACUGUAAAAAAAAAAGAAGAAUUACCUGCAAUUAUUUUCUACCAAUUUAUGCUUUGUUAAUGGUCAGGUUGUGCACUUAGUCUGUGGUAAAAUCUUUAUUUGAAUUUUUUUGAGAUUUUCCAAAAUGAACGUUUUAUUUUUCAAAUGGAUCUGCUUUGAAUGAUUUAUGAAGCGAUGUGUGGCCGACCUAUAUGACUUUAUCUCAGUGUCAAUGCAUGAGCAAGACAGUAAUAUUCUUGAUAUAUUCAAUGUUAACUAUAUAACAUGAGAGUCGAUGCCUUUUCCUAAAGUGCAGUAUUUAGGGCUGCUAGGGAGACAUGGAAAGUAUGCAUGAUGGGAAAUAGUUCAAACGAGGAUGUUUGAGGAUACAAACGAGCAUCGGUCUUCAUUCAGGAGGCAUUUCGCCUGAUGUGUUGGUGUUCCAAUGAGGACGGAACUGGUUAGCCGAGUGCUACUUCAGUUUUGAUGCAUUUUGAUUAUACCUUGAUGGCAGUAUUCAGUUCUAAUACUACCGCAUGUCUAGCAAAACGAUGAAGAUGGAAAUAAACUAAUUAAAUACUCUACAUGCUUAAUACAUCGUGUAUGUAAAGUCUCAAAUUUCUAUGAAUGAGACUAUGGAAUAUUUCCUUUUGGGUCCAUUCUGUUAUUCAGAAGGGCAACAAAUAUCCAGUAGCAAGCUGACGGCCU